GCAAGAAGUUGGCCGAGUAGGGGAAGUUCAGUGUCAAGGAGAUGGUCGACAUAAUAAAAAUGGACUGGAUUAUGCUGAGGCUGUGGUACUACGUAGAGUUCGAGUACGAGGAAAUGGAUAAGCGGGAGUGGAAUGCCAACUCCACGUUCUUCAGGUCCAAGAAGCCACUGUUGGAAGAGUUCAAGGACAAAGGUCUCGACGACAAGCUUUGGAACGACAGCAGGAAAUUUUUCACGGACACCACGUACGUCAACAAGUGCCCUCAGUUUCUCGGGUGUCAACACGACAAUAACAUCAAGAGAACGGCGUCCCUCGUCAACGACCAGCAUUUUCCGGCGGAGUGGAAGCGUGUCGUCCUUUCGGUGAUCACUGGAGAUCGCGCCAAAGGCAAAAAAAAGCCUCGAGGCGUUGAUGAAUGCAUCAACAUUUUGUGGACGAGGACAAGCGCCUUUACGACGCUGGCCCAGUUUAAUGUCGACCCACUGAGUGCCAUAGAUCAUAAGGAGGCGCUGGGAAAACUAGGGCAUCAGCUACAGUCUCACACUUGCGUGCUCGACUUGUGCGGAAGUGUGGACCGUGCGCAAUGGGACUCUGGGGCAUUCGCGUCUCUGAGUGAGUUGCUGGGCUUCGUUUGUCAGGACUACUGGAUAUUGGUGGUAUUCGUUCCCUGCCUGUGGAACCUCUCCUUCAUGACAUCUUUGUCUGCGCUUGGGGCCACCCGAUGCUCCAUGGGGAAAUGGGUUCGGAAGACGACAUCGAAGAAGACGCAUCAGUUCGGAAAUAGCGUCUGGAAGGAGCCGGAUGUGAUGAACAUCCUUUUCAAAGACGAGGAUCCUCGGCUACUGACUCACCCGGUGUACGAGGGAGCUGUUGCUGAAGACGACGCCGCCGCUCUCUGGAGGAAACAGAAAGUGACACCCACGGAUGUGGAGGAGAAGUCUUUCAAGUCCUUGACUUUCGCGGACAUCGGAAACCUCACCCAGCGGGGGGCUCUGUACAAGGACGGUGAGCGGAAUCCGAAUCAGUUAUGCAAUCAGCUUCUUUUCUUCUGUGGUGUGGCGGAUGCCGUGCUGUUUUUGGGCAAGCCGCACGCGCAGGUGGUGUGGAGUCUGCUUCAGCAGGGAAGGCACGUCUUKGCCGUGGAUGGGGACACAACGCAGCUCGAAUACACCGUGCAGUAUGUCACCCAUGAAGUGUCCUCCAAGACUUACCCAAGCGAUUUCCACCAUGUUGUAGUCGAGCACGUUUAUGACCCGAACAAGGACAUGAUCUUCUAGUUGACUCCGAAGAAAAGGCGCCAUUGCG